AACUGAAAAUAUUGGUUAAAGAGGCGUGAUAGCCUUAUCUGAUCGCUCUGUUCAUGAGCCUGCGUCGACUAUGGCAGCCACUGUAAACCAUGGCUUCUCCAUUCUCAACCACGCCAAAACCAAACCUUGGACCGGUCCCCAGAGCCGGAGACUAGCGGCCGGACCGAUUCGCUGCAAGGUGGCGGUCGGCGAUAACCGACAGGUCACGGUUAGGAACGGCGACGAUUCGCUGGAGAUCUGCCGAGUUUUGAAUGGCAUGUGGCAGACUAGUGGCGGAUGGGGCAGAAUUGAUCGAGACGACGCCGUCGAGGCCAUGCUCCGGUACGCCGACGCCGGCCUCUCCACCUUCGACAUGGCCGACCACUAUGGACCUGCAGAAGAUCUUUAUGGCAUCUUCAUUAAUCGUGUCCGUCGAGAGCGUCCACCAGAGUUCCUGGAGACUGUUAAAGGUCUUACUAAAUGGGUACCACCACCAGUUAAGAUGACAGGUAGCUAUGUCCGUGAGAACAUCAAUGUGUCACGAAAGAGAAUGGACGUAGCAUCCUUGGACAUGCUUCAGUUCCACUGGUGGGAUUACUCUAAUCCUGGCUAUCUUGAUGCACUCAAGCACCUUACAGAUCUGAAAGAAGAAGGUAAGAUCAAGACUGUUGCUUUGACUAACUUUGACACAGAAAGGUUGCAAAUAAUUCUGGAAAAUGGUAUUCCAGUUGUUAGUAAUCAGGUGCAACAUUCCAUUGUUGACAUGCGCCCUCAACAAAAGAUGGCAGAGCUGUGUAAGCUUACAGGAGUAAAACUUAUAACAUAUGGGACAGUGAUGGGUGGAUUGUUAUCAGAGAAGUUCCUUGACACCAACUUAGCCAUUCCUUUUGCUGGUCCUCCUCUAAACACUCCAUCCCUCCAGAAGUACAAAAGGAUGGUUGAUGCUUGGGGAGGAUGGAGUCUCUUCCAGAAUUUGCUGCAAGUCCUAAAAAAGGUAGCUUCCAAACACGGGGUUUCUAUCCCAACAGUUGCUGUGAAGUACAUUCUUGAUCAGCAAGCGGUGGCCGGAUCAAUGGUAGGCGUUCGGCUUGGCCUAUCAGAACAUAUCAAAGACGCUAAUGCUGUGUUUUCACUUGUCCUUGAUGAAGAGGAUGUAAGCAGCAUCCAAGAAGUACAGAAGAAGGGGAAAGAUCUAAUGGGAGUAAUCGGGGACUGUGGAGACGAGUAUAGAAGGAUCUGAGAUUCUGAGGCCGGUACUUGCAUGGCUAUUCAGCAUCACUGCACCGUUGUCAGUUAUAUUUUUGGACACAUUUGUCGUCUCUGUAAAAGAAAAUUGUAUGUAAAGCAAUGUGUAUACAAGUAAACUAAAUUUUGUAGUCAUCAGAUCACACUCUAUAAGGAAUGAUGGGCUGUUCAAUUAACAAACUGUGAUCUUAUGCGCGGAAUGUAGAUUCAUCUCCAACUACAUGAACACGAAAUUUUGUAUCUUCGUUUGCAAACUUGGUAAUUCCUUCAAGUUAGACAGGGUUUUGCGCUUC